CGAACAGCUGCUAUGCGCAGUACUAAAGAUGGUCAGUGACUUUACAGAUGUUACGUGAAUCAGGGAAAUAAGACGUCAAGAUUACAGGUUUACAACAAUGAACAAUGGUGGAGGCAGGGAAAUUGUGCUGCUGGACUCUUUAAAGACUGGUCUGCAGGGAAAUUAUGGAGAAUUCUUUCGGGAGAGGGAAUUGAGUGGAAGUUCCCGAGAUUCUGGUUAUGGCUCGUUUCUUGGGGUAGGUGGUACAGGUUCACCUCCUGGGAUAUCCUGUAGUAGUCAAGCCUCCAUCUGUGAUGUUCGAAAAGGACCAGUGGAUUCUCUUGUCCUUCCUACAAAUAGAACUGUCAGCCAAGACUUUGACCAGUUUACUAGUGAGCUGAAUGCACAGAAGAAUUUUAUGGAUAACCUGCAACGUCUGAACCAACUAAAUGGUGGCAACUCUCCAGGACUUUCUCUGCUUCCUUCAUUAGGGGACCUUGAUCCUCUUUUACUGGGGAGUUCUGACUUGGGAGACACAACCACCUUGGGACUAAGCCAGCUUCUUCCCCCAACACGUGACCUUCCACAUGAUCUCUUGCCUCCCUCCUCAACUCCAACUUCCAGUGACCUAUUUUCCAUAUCAACCCUUGGUGUGAAGUCUAACCUUGGUGUGGAUGUGAUGCAUGGUCAGCCAUCAUCAAUAUCUGGAUCUGGACCCCCUGUUCAGUCUCCACAUCAACCCAGCAGUCUUAGUGAUAAAGGGCAACAAAUGGCUAAUCUUUUAGGUGGGAUGGUUAUUCAUGAUGGGUCAUCACAACCCAAUUUGAACACUCUUAAUAAUCAUCACUUAGGAGCUCUUGCUGCACUGUGUGCGCCCAAUCUCUCUGCCUCGGUAGCUAACCAAGUUAAUGCGGGUAACCUAAAUGGUCACGCCCUCUCAAAUCGACCUCAGACAUCACCAAAGUUUCUAAAUUCUCAACAGCCCAUCUCUGCAAAUGGAGAAAUAUCACCCAGCAUGAUGAGGAAACCUCGACCAGAAGAUGUCCCUGUCUGUGUGAAUCCUCAAACUGGUAGUCAGGGGUCUCCUCCAAUGUCAAGGGUGUCAGAGCAACUUACAAAAGAUGGUUCAGGACAUUGUGGACCAGUAGGGCCACCUCCAAAGGGGCCUUUUCUGGUACCUCCACCAACAUUCCCGCCAGGUGAUAGCGUUCCCCCUUGGGAGUUACUCCCCUCUAUGGCAGAAAUCUUUCCUCCUCAUGGGCCUCCACCGCCAUUGCUUCCACCAAACACAGACCUUCUUCCUCCAUUCACCGACCUUCCUCCACAUCACCUUCUCUCUAUACCACCACCAUUGCUGGGAUUUAGACCAUUUAGGCGCACUGGAGGAAGUGGUGAACUACACUCACGCCUGGAAGAAUGUUAUGACCAGUUUCGCCAACUAGAACGUGAACGUAAGAAGACAGAAGCAGAACUUGCAAGGUGUUUUCCUGGAAAGAGAGUUUCUUCUGCUAAUACUGUGCCACUCCCUCGUCUCCCGCCAUCUCCUUCGCGUGUUGAUCGACUCAUUAUAGACCACCUUCGGGAGCAUGCACGAGUGGUUACUCUGGUGGGGAAAAUGGAGCGGUUGCGCGGGUCUUCUUUACAACCAGGGAUACAUCGUUCUAUUGCUGUCUGGCUCGAAGCAGUUACCAACGUCCAAGAGAAACGGCGAGAUGAAGUAGUGAAUGCAAUUACCCAGCGUCAUAAUCCACUCCCUAAUGCUCAUCACACUAGUGAACAAGACCUCAUGGCACUAGCAUCAGCAAUGGGAGGACUAGCAGGUGCCAGUCGAGGAGCUCGUACAGCCAUGUUCUGCGCCCUGACGCUCACAACUCACCACAGUAUGGAGCCCAAUCUAGCUACUGCCUCAUCACUCCCUCCCCACCUUCUUCCAGAGUCACAUUCUCCAACAUCAUCCUCAUCUCCUGAUUGUAGCCCAGAACCUCCUCGGCUAUCUCCUCUCACUUCCUCGUCCACUGUCCAUUUUAUGCCCUCUGUAAUGAGUAUCACAACCACAACCUCUACAAGUAUUGGUAGUACAAGUGUAGCAGUUACAGCAACUACAACACCCAACACAACCAAUACCACCAAGGCUACAAAGGAGGGGGGAUUGUCAUCUAGUGUGUCAACAUUCACCUCAACUAUGAGCCAGCAAUCACUCGGGUGGGUGAACCAGCACAAUCUCAGGGUCUUUGUUUGCUCCUAGAAAUCUUGUACUGCGUGAGUGUAAUAAUCCAAGUAAGCGUUGGCAAAAUAUCUUUUGUUUUAUUAUUUUUUUAUUUGCAAGUGUUAACAGGCUGUUUACCUCAAGGUUUAUAAUUAGCAUUUUAAUAAAUUAUAAGGCCAAGUUCACAGGGCAAUUGGAAGUGCCUCCUUUCACAGUUGUUAUAUUAGUCAUUGUUUAAUGAAAAGCAUUAAAGCUCAUCUGUGUAAUGUUUAGAGAUAAUGUUUAUUAUUAAUAUUUUAAGCUCACAAAGAGGUAUAAUUGUUCUGUGACUGGACUUUCUUUUGAGCACUAAUUAGUCACUGACGUCUAGAACUUUUUGAAGAUGUUUCCGAGUAAUUAAGUGUCGAGAUUGCUCACAAUUUCAAAAGGGGGGAUGACAUCAAGGGUUAAAGUAAUUUGUGUAUGGUCAAUGUUACAUGAUUCUGAUGACUAUAUCAGAAAAAUCUUACUUGCUGUUUCAGUGUGUAAGUAAAGGGUUAGGUUAUUUCCAUUGUUUACUGUGCAGUCAAAAUCCUAACCUUUCUCAAAUAUUAACGAACAGUCUGGACUAGAACAUUUUAACAAGUUAGAAAUUAUUGGAGAGUGAAAUAAUUGAUUGACCUCAUUAACUUUAUUAAAGUAUUUUCUUACGCUGUAAAACUAGAAUAAGUAAGGCAGUCACUCUACCCAAUUUAUCUGUUCCUGAUAUGAUGUGUUGUGAUUACUGAUGAAAUGAUAAAGGACUAAGUUCUUACCCUGGAUGAUGUCACCCCCCUAUGUAUACUCGCGUGGGUUUAGGGAGCACUUGGUAAUCAGGUCCAUUAGUAUGUAUAUAGGAUUUUUAAAUUAUUGUUAUUUUGCCAUAAGGAAGUAUUACUAUCUAUAUAAAUAUUUAUCAUAACUUGUAUAAUAUGCUAUUUAGGAUACGCAAUGCUGAUAUGUGACACUAAACAUGACAAUAUUGAUAACUGAUGUUCACUGCAAUUCUGGCUGGACCAAUUUGUGGGUCUUUAAGGUCUACCUACCAGUACUGCAGUUGGUGUAACUCUUCCUUAAAGCCACCCAGGGUUAGCAUUUUAUUGUCAUUCGGAGAGUCUAAUCAUGACAAUCAACCUUGGUCCACAUAGAUAUGAGUGAGAUGGAUACCUUAUAGAAUAUUAGAGAUUUAUCCUGUAGGAAAGCAGUAAUUUGAAGAAAGAGAUUAAAUGAAUCUUGUGAUCUACACCAAAUGUCAUCUUCCUAAUUGACUCUUGUCGAUGGUAGUCUCUACAACCCAAAAUUAGGGUGUAUGCACGAAUUGCUCAAAGAUUUUUGUCGUUAUUGCCUGUCUUACAUGGCCAAAAGGAAUUAAUAUGCAUUAUUGAUCUGUGUAGUUUAGAAUGGAAUGUAACUCAACAUUUCUUGUAUAAUUUUGCAAGAGCCAGCAUUUUAUUUUUGUUCGUUCAAUGUAAUCCCUGUGGUAAGCACUGUUGGUCUUAUAUCACAAUACUGUACGGUACCAGCACUUUAAAGCACUGCUUUAAUUUUUUCAGGCCAGAUACUGGUAUGUGUUGCUCCCAAAGCUUGUAAAUAUAGCAUUACUAAUUAAGAAAUAAUUUGAAGUUAAUUAUAUCAUUAACUAGCAAUAUUCUUCUAGUAUGAAAAUAAAGGUUAGAAGCUUGUAAAUAUAAAUAAAUUUGGUGCUCAGUUUUGGCAACAUUUGAGUAUUAGUAGUAUUAGGAUUUUCAUAUACAUGUUGUUAUUCAGGUCAAAUAAAAUGUGAAAUAGGAGCUCAAAAUUAUAAAUUGUAGUACAGUAGCUGUGAAUUUACACUUUUUGAGCUUAUUUAGACAUUUUUUUUUAAAUAUUGGUUUAUUAAAUAGGCAUAAUCAUUCAAUUAAGCCUUAAAACACAACUGACAUAUUUUACCAAACGGGGAAAAUUUAUUGUUCUUAUAGUAAUAAUUUGAUGGAAUUUACUUCACACAUGGGAAAAUUUACAAUACUGUAUCAUUUAAAUAUACAGUGCAUCAUUUAUUAUCAUAAUAUAAUGAAACUAUACUGAAAUUAGAUGAAGUAAGGUUAGGUUAGGGUGUUUAACUUAGUAGUGAUACUGUUCCUUUAUGAUUUGUUUAUCAACUUGAUCUUCCCAACAUAAAGACAAGCUGGAAUUUUCAAAUACCUGGUAAAAAUAAAGAAAAAUAAGCAUAAAUUAUUGUCACACACACACACACACACACAGAUAAUGAGAUCUACAGUAUUACCUUGGAAAUCAGGCACUAUUUAAACAGAGAGGAUAUCAGAUUUUCCAACUUGUUAGUUUUCUAAAUGUAAACAUAUAUCUUGACACAAAUUGAACCAACAAUACCAUGACUUAUACAUGAUCAUGUUUCAAUCAAAUCCCUAUAAUUUGGAAUAAUUUAUUUGUGGGAAGGCCUGUCCUGUUUGGCUGAAACUUUUGAGUGGGGUGGGCUACUGUAGUAAUAUCUAUAUUGCAGGGUGGAAAAUUUCAGAGGGUGGGGGAUUUUUGAGUCAAGCUACCUAAGAACACCGAACCCACUAAUUUUAAGCUAGACUUAACACACUCAGCAGAUUUAUGUCAUAUGAACAUCUCUCAUACGCUAUUGGCAGCUUGGUGCUGGUUCUUGGUACAGCUGUACUCAGUGAGUUACUGAGUAGCUGGUGUCACCGGGAGCCUCACGCCCUAAAAGUACCGGUAUUUGUACCUCCAUUUGAUGGCCCGUAUCAUAUACAGUAGGAUUUUUUUUUUGUAUACACAAUAUACAUUAUGUAUUUAAACAGUCUUUUAGAUAAAUUAUUCGUGAUCAGUUUGGUUAAAAUUGUGUUUCUAACUGAAGUAAACUUAUUUUAGAGAGAUUGGUAUAAAUAUUUUUUAUGGUCUUCAUAAAGAAAAUGAGUUCCCAACAUAUCAUUUUGAAAUAAUAUUUAAGGGUCUUCUUGAAACAAGCUUGUAGAGAAUUUAUUCAGGAUCAUUACAGUACCAAGUUCAUGUUUCUAACACAAUUAGAAUGGAUGUUAUGGAUGAAAGUUUUGACAUUUUCUUAAUCGCCGUAAAUUUGCGCCUGUGGCUGUGGUCUAAUGUAAUAGAAGAGUGAUAAGAUAAUCGUACAAAGUAGAAGAGUGUUUCUUAUAGUAUAGUACAUUAUUACUUCACUAUAAUAUGCCUGUUGUUAAAAAAGAGAAGCACAUAGUACAGAACACGUUAAUAAUAAAGUACAGUAUUGUACUUGUCAAUUAUUACCUUUUAUCAUGAGUCGGUUGAGUCUAGAGGUAGGAGGUGAUUGUACGACACUCCCAUUGUAUGCCACUGAAGGUGACGCACUGCUAAUUUCGUUGACUAUAUAUGCUGUACACUAUUUAUAUUUCUUAGACACUUCACUUUAGUGCUCCUCAGCAACCACCUCCACCACAGUGCCAGCCCCCACUUAUAUGAACUUUCGUCCCAUACUAACCAUAUUUUGGUUGUGUUUUCUGGAUUGUGGAUACAUGUGUGGUGUUGGACCCCAGUCCAGUUUGCAAGGGGGAUCUGGAUUAAGUGAGUCCACAUUAGAGGGAGUUUACUGUAUAUAUUUUUAUUGGGUAAGAAAGGUUGGGUUUAUGUUGUAUGUCAUCAUAAAUUGUAUACGGCUCACCUUGUUUAAUGAACCACAGCAAGCUGCAUGCCUAUUGCAUGUUUUAACUUUCUGUGCAUUGUUUUCAAUAGUGUAAUUUUUUUUUCCAUGUAAUAGCAAAUACUUAAUGUGUUUUGUCAGGCAAUUGCACUGAAUAGCUUUUCCCCAUUAAAUUUAACAUUAACUAGAUGUGAAACACAUUACAGUGUUGGACUGAUGCUACACUCACAGAGGCAGCCUAGCUGCUUCUGUCAUGCAUCUUCCAAGUUGCCGGAUAGGUCAACCUAUCAAUCUGUCUAUAAUGAUAGUGUUUCCAUAAUUUAUUAAGUCCUUUUAAUAUUUAUUCAGUUCAACAAGAAAUGGGGCUUUAUAAUGCUUAUUUUAUUUCAGUUUACUGCUUGUGAUGUCAUAUAGAAUAAUUCCAAAUAAACCAUUAUUAUUGAUAGCCUAUGGAAGUUGGCACAUGCCACUAUAUUUUUUAACUGAAACAUUCCUUUGUUUGUAAAUACAAUAGAUUGUGAGAUUUUAAUGAGUAUCUCUUUGGUGAAGUAUUUUAACCAUGUUUGAUGAGUAUAUGUUCAAUGAUGUAUUUUAACCAUAUUUAGUGAGUAUAUGUUUGGUAAUGUGUUUUAAAUAUGCUUUGACUUGUAACUACAGUAAUCAUUCCUUAUAACAAAAUUCCUUUUUGUGAAAAUUCGAUUUAGCAAAACGAAUUUGUGCCUGUAGUAUUUGCUUCUUCAUUUAGCGAAGCCUCCUGGAGUUUCAGAUAACCCCAUGUGGGUUUGCAGCAUUAUUUUAGCGUAAUCAGUCAGUUUUCCACGAUGCCUCCAGAUUUUUUCGUAUUCGCUCAGCGUGUGUGCACGUGUUUCAUUGUCAACAUACCUAAAGUGAAGAGAAGGGUAAGAAUGUUGUCAGAUGGCUGACUACCUGCUCUCUCUCGCCAUCACAUAAAAUAUGUGCUAAUGUAUUUUAUGAUGUGCCAUGAAUCAUUUUUAUUGUUUAUUAUAAAAAAAAUUCAUUUUUGUUGUAUGCAAAAUACAGACUUAACAAAGGACUGGAAGCCAUGAAUCAUUUUUAUUGUUUAUUAUAAAAAAAAUUCAUUUUUGUUGUAUGCAAAAUACAGACUUAACAAAGGACUGGAACCUAUUUCCAUUUAAAUAUAACUCUGACAAUGAAGUGGAUUUUAUGAACAUGCCCACUUUAUCGCGAGAGGAAUGAGUAUAUUCGAUUUAGCGGAAUCCUCACUUUUGCAGAAUCGGCCUGCAUGCUUUAUUCCGUUGUAUAGAAUCAUUACUGUAUUGAUGUUAUGCAGUACAGGUCAAUAAGCUCCCAGAGUAAGCACUGCCACAAAUGAAUUUAACAUGACGUUUUGUAAUGAGUGUAAGUGGAAGGACUUUUCAAAAUAAUUCUUUGUUGUUCGUUUACGUGAAUUUUCUAUACUUAUUUUUUUUAUUUUGACAAUUUCUAAAGGCUUAGUUUUGUGAGACUCCCACAUAAUUGGUAGCCAGAUUUCCAAAGGUGUACUGUAUCUGUGUGCCUAUGCAUGCAAACAAAAAUCACACAAGAAAAAUAAUUCAUAUGAUAUGCAAGGUAGCCAUUAAGAAAAGUGUGUGUGUGUGCGUGCGUGCGUGCGUGUGUAAGCUUACUUUAUUGUGGAUUGAAAACCCGUGAAACACAAUAUUUUGUCAGGGUUACCGUAUUUGGCAUUUAGCAGAAUACUAAUAGGUAAUUGUUCAUCGUAAGGGAGACUUAUCUUUAUCUGGCCUGGAAUGCUUUGGUUAUGACAAUUUUCAUAUAAUAGGAAGCACCAUCUCCACAAUUUUUAUACAUUAAUGGCACAGUUGAAAGAAAAGGAGCCAUGGGUAAUGCCUCGGAUAAAUUCACCUUUCAUUUCUUGCAUUUUAUUACCUUUAGCAACUCUGAAGGCUCAUCCAAAAAGUAGUAGCUUUUACAUGAUAUUAACUAUUACUCUAAGUAUAUUCUUUAAAUAAAAUUAUAGUUUAAAUACAAGAAAACCUAUAUAAAAAGCUGUAUAUAACUUAAGAAUGUUGAAGGGUAAUAUAGUGUAAUUACUGUACAGUACUUAUCUUCAGCAUUGUACAGUAUAAAGUUUUUACUGUAGUUUUAGCAAUAAUACAAAAGUUUCAAUACAUUCUCUUGUAACUUAUAUCCAGGAACUGGUAACCAGUCUUUUUUUUUUUCCCCUCCUCCCAAUAAAUGACAUGAGUACGAAUUAAGGUUUGAACAGUAUGGCAGUUUCUUCAUUAAGAGCAUGGGUAAAAGCAUCGGCAAUUUGUUAUUCUAAGUUGCUUGUGAAUCAUGAAAUAAUUUUUGUAUUGACAUAUAGGGGGUCCCCGGGUUAAGAACAGGUUCCGUUCCCGAGGACGUUCUUAAGUCGGAACACGUGCUAUGUGCAUACUGUACUUACAGAACAAUGUUUGAAAUCACACUAUAUCAUAGCCUAAGUCCUUAUAUACAUUUAAAAUCACUUAAUUUAAAACAAAAGAAGAAAUAGAAUGACAAAAAUACUGUGAAUGAAGGUGAAAAAAUAAGUCAUCGGGAAAAUAAAAUACAGUUCGUAUCAGUGGGCGUUCAUAAAUCAGACUUUCAUAAGCCGGUGGACCCCCUGUAUAGGUAUUUGUUUUUCUAGAGGAUUAAAUCAUAAUUACUAGAUUUGUUGAUGCAUUAAACAUGGCUCAGUGUUGGAUAGUAUACAACAAAUUUGAUUUUGUUUGGCUACAUGUACUCACUCCUUGAGAUGGUGCUACCUUAUGACUGCUGUUGACUACACUGUGUAGUAAAUGUUACUCAUUUAAGUAUGUAUUAAUGCUCUCUUUCAUAAGCCAACUCAAAUUCACUGCUUUACCGUCCAAUGAAGGUGAACUUCACUAUCAAUGAUAAUAUGAUCCAAAGUUACAAAUCAAUUUGAUGAAUUUUAUUACUAAAAGAGAUAUUUGAAGCCAGCAUUAGAGGAAGGAUUUUACUUCUGAAGGGGCUUCACAUUUUGUUUGUUACUUCAAGUUGUCAUUGUUGCUGUUUCUAUUUGGCCUUCAGCACACCCAGCAUUUGUCUAUUCCUUUCAUAUUUGUUGUCCAGCAGUAUAUAACCUCAUUAUACCAAAUAACAAACACAUAUUUUAGCAUUAGAUGCCAUACUAUGGAGCUUAAUGUUCUAUUCUAUUGAUUAUUGCUGCCAUUUUCCUAGCCCAGUAAGUAUGAAAGUAUUAAAUAUUCUACACUAUUUAAGUCCAGUAAGGUAAUACUGUAUAUUAAAGUUGCUUCAUAGUGACAAGUUCAUAAGAUGACUACACGAGCUAAAUUUAACUUAUACAGUGCAUGGGGAUUUAGAUUCUAUAUUCAAUGAUGAUACAGGAUGUGAUUUGCAGUAAAAUAUUUAAAAAGAUAGAAGUUGCCGGUGAUGUCACUCUCUGCUUGCUAGUUCCUUAUGGUGGCCGCUUCCCCAUUACACUUACUUGUGGCCUUCUGUGUCAAGUGUUCGUAGUUGUCAGAAUCUUGGGACGUGUGCUGCCUCCCCACAUUAUGGUUCAGGGAGUGCUGCAUAAUGUAGUGAAGGCACUUCACAAAGUUGCCCCCUUUACCUGCCACUGUCUUCUGGGCCCACAUAUUAUAAAAUGAGCCUUAUUGCAGAUGUAAUAAAGCACAGGAUUGCUUAUUACCUUAUAUAUGAUGUAUCUACAAGGAUGCCAAAGAUUUGCUGUUAUUGGUGUCUAAUGUCAUUAGUGGAUGUCUUUUGAUUGUUCAUGUUAACCAUCAUCUUAUAUUUCCCAUCCCUUAGACUUGAGGAUUGUAGGUCUUCCCAAAAGAGAUCAUCAUAUCUGGGGGUCUGCCCUUCUGGCUGGGCUACGUAUUUGAAACUUAAAUUUCACGGAUAUUCUGUCAUAAUCUUCCAAUUGUAUACCUGUUAUACUCAUCUUUUAAAAUGGUUUUGGGUCAAUAAGAAGUGUGUGGCAGUGCACAUUUCCUAAUUGUUCACUAUGGUAAGCCUAAUAGUAGAUAGUUGUCUUUUCCUGUAUUGUAAGCAUUCACACUAGUUGAUGGCAUUAGUUGUUAUUCCACAAAGUUGUUAAGGAUAGCUCUUUCUGGUGUGAUCAGGUAUU